AUCCACACGGAAUCGUCCCCCACCCCUUUGUCAACGCGACUCGGAAUCGUUCAAGAGGAUGCAGGGAAAUCUCCCGCUCGGAACAGGUCAGCCAGCAUCACUAACCUGUCUCUGGAUCGUUCAGGGUCUGCCAUGGUGCCUCCCUACGAGACCUCGGUCAGCCCGCAAGCGAACCGUACUUACACAAAGGAGGCCAAUGAAGACGAGCGCAAAAUUCUGCUGGACUCCGUCCAGUUGAAGGACCUGUGGAAGAAAAUCUGCCACCACAGCAGUGGGAUGGAGUUUCAAGAUCACCGCUAUUGGCUGCGGACGCAUCCCAACUGCAUUGUGGGAAAGGAACUGGUCAACUGGCUCAUGAGAAAUGGCCACAUCACCACACGAGCUCAAGCCAUAGCGAUUGGGCAGGCCCUGGUCGACGGCCGGUGGCUGGAAUGUGUCAGCCAUCAUGACCAGCUCUUCCGAGAUGAGUAUGCACUUUACAGACCUCUACAGAGCACCGAAUUUUCCGAAACCCCUUCUCCGGACAGCGACUCCGUCAACUCGGUUGAAGGCCACUCUGAGCCGUCCUGGUUCAAAGACAUCAAGUUCGACGACAGCGACACAGAACAGAUCGCGGAAGAAGGAGACGACAACAUGACCAAUUCCGCCAGCCCUAGCAAGCGUCCCUCAGUCAGCAGCUUCCAGUCUGCCAUGGACAGCGACUCAGCCGCUUCCAUCAGCCUGAACGUGGAGCUGGACAACGUGAACUUCCAUAUCAAGAAGCACUCCAAGUACCCUCACGUGCCCCCUCACCCCGCUGACCAGAAAGAGUACCUGAUCGCAGACAACGGUGGACAGCAAAUGGUCUCGAUAAGCGACGCUUUCAUCAAAGAGUCGUUGUUCAAUCGGAGGGUGGAAGAGAAAUCCAAAGAUCUUUUCUUCACGCCCUUGGGGUGGCAUCAUAGCAACCUUGACUUGCUGAGAGAGGAAAAUGGGGAAAAGCAAGCGAUGGAGAGAUUGCUCUCGGCCAAUCACAACCACAUGUUGGCGCUGCUCCAGCAGUUGCUGUACAACGAGUCCUUAUCCCUCUCCUGGAGGGACAUCAUCGUGCCCGUCGUCUGCCAGGUGGUUCAGACCGUCCGGCCCGAUUUCAAGAACAGAGACGACGACAUGGACAUCCGCCAGUUUGUCCAUGUCAAAAAAAUUCCCGGCGGGAAAAAAUUUGACUCGAUGGUGGUGAAUGGUUUUGUCUGCACCAAGAACAUUGUUCAUAAAAAGAUGAAUUUCUGUAUUAAAACCCCCAAGAUUCUCCUCUUGAAGUGUUCCAUUGAAUAUCUCUAUCGAGAAGAAACCAAGUUUACGUGCAUCGAUCCUAUCGUCCGUCAGGAGAAGGAAUUUUUGAAGAACUAUGUUCAGCGGAUAGUGGACGUCAGGCCUACUUUGGUCCUAGUCGAAAAAACAGUGGCUCAUAUUGCCCAGGAAUUGCUGCUGGAACAUGGUAUUACUCUAGUCACAAAUGUAAAGUCGCAAGUCUUGGACCGAGUAAGUCGAAUGACUCAGGGAGACUUGGUAAUGUCGAUGGAUCAGUUGUUGACCAAGCCACACCUGGGAACCUGCCACAAAUUUUACAUCCAGAUGUUCCAGUUGCCCAAUGAGCAAUCAAAGACACUGAUGUUUUUUGACGGAUGCCCGCAACACCUGGGCUGCACCAUCAAGCUGCGCGGCGCCGGCGAAUACGAGCUGGCUCGCGUGAAAGAGAUUCUCAUCUUCAUGAUCUGCGUGGCUUACCAUUCCCAGCUGGAGAUCUCUUUCCUGAUGGAUGAGUUCGCCAUGCCCCCGUUGCUGGCCAAGGACGGCUCCCUUUACUCGCCGUCUGAAAAGCUGGGGGGAGAAGAAAACGGGUAUCAACACUUGCCGAGCCGAGAAGCCGGCACGACGCUAAAGGACUCCGACGUGUUUUCCGACAAGCUGCCCGUUAUCUCAGAACUGGUGUCCUCCAACGACGUUGGUUCCUCAGAACAAAAAACGCAGGCCAACAGUGACAACGGUGACCCACCAGGGCACCUCCUGCUGGAUUCUUCCAUUACAGCCCCCUUCACGCCAACGUUGAUACCAGAGUCGCUGCUGGCCCUCCACCUGGGGAUUUUGGACGGUGAUCAGUUGGAUAGCCUGCAAGAUUUGGAUAACCUCCAGGAGCCCAAAAGCCAAACGAGAGUUUUUAGGGACCCCCUGCAAGAUGACACCGGAUUAUAUGUCAUGGAAGAGGUGACGUCCUCCGAAGAUCGCCUCAAAUCCUUCUCCUUAGCCUUUAAGCCCGAGCUGCAGGGAGUCAUUCUCUGCAUGUCCCCCAUCAUCACCUUCCCGGAGCCCUUUCUGUUAACCGACAGGGGUAUGAGGUGCCCCACCAGGGAGUAUUUCCCGGAGCAGGUUUAUUUAUCUCCUCUCCUCAAUAAGGAAUGCAAAGAGCUGGAGAGCAGGAAGAAGAGACAACUCCUGCGGGACAUCUGUGGGCUACAAGCGAUGAACGGAAGCACCCAGGCCAAGCCCGUUCAGAUCUUGCCUCCCCACGAGUUGGUGGUCAGCAGAAUCGCGGAGCCCCUGAGCGCGAGCAAAGUGCUGGCCACGAUGCUGUCGGACUACCGGGCCAGGGGAGGGAGGAUCGCCCAGAAGAGUUCGGACCCGUUCGUUCAGCCCAAAGAGACGCUGGGUGCGAAAGCGGAGGACUGCGAGAGCGGGUUUGUUCAGAACGAAUCUUUGUGGGCUCAUAAGGUUGACUGCCUCAGCCCUCUGAAUCAUCAGAGACUCUGUGUGCUGUUCAGCAGCUCUUCGACCCAGUCCAGCAAUGCUCCAAGCGCCUGUGUUAGCCCAUGGAUUGUGACGAUGGAAUUCUAUGGGAAGAACGAUCUCACGCUGGGUGUGUUCCUCGAACGGUAUUGCUUCAGGCCCUCUUACCAGUGCCCCAGCAUGUUCUGUGAAACUCCCAUGGUGCACCACGUCCGGCGCUUCGUCCAUGGGCACGGCUGUGUACAGAUUAUACUGAAGGAACUGGACUCCCCAGUGCCCGGCUAUCAGCACACGAUCCUUACCUACUCCUGGUGUAGAAUAUGCAAGCAGGUUACGCCGGUCGUCCCGCUUUCCAAUGACUCGUGGUCAAUGUCAUUUGCCAAAUACCUCGAGCUCCGUUUCUACGGGCACCAGUAUACCCGCAGAGCCAACGCUGAGCCCUGUGGCCACUCCAUACACCACGACUAUCACCAGUAUUUUUCCUACAAUCAGAUGGUGGCCUCUUUCAGUUAUUCACCUAUACGGUUGCUUGAGGUAUGCGUGCCACAUCCCAAAAUCUACAUCAAACGUCGGGUUCCACUAAAAGUUACCAUUCUUCAAGAUCUGAAAGAUUUUGCUCAAAAAGUGUCCCUUGUGUAUGCAGCUGUUGACGAGCGCCUCACCUCUCUGAAAACGGAUACCUUCAGCAAAACGAGGGAGGAGAAGAUGGAGGAUCUCUUCGCACAAAAGGAGAUGGAGGAAGUUGAGUUCCGGAACUGGAUCGAGAAAAUCCAAGCGAGGAUGCUCUCCGUGUCGCUGGACACGCCUCAGCAGCUGCAGUCGGUCUUUGAAUCUCUCACCACAAAAAAACAGAACCUCUGUGAGAUGCUGCAAGCGUGGAAUAACAGGCUGCAGGAGCUCUUCCAACAAGAGAAAGGCAGGAAACGCCCCUCGGUGCCCCCUAGUCCCGGAAGAUUGAGGCAAGGCGAAGAAAGCAAGAUCAGUUCAAUGGAUGCCUCACCCCGUAAUAUUUCUCCAGCCCUGCAGAAUGGCGACAAAGAGGACCGUUUUCUGACAACCUUGUCAAGUCAGAGCUCCACCAGCUCUUCUCUCCUCCAGCUUCCCACCCCUCCUGAAGUUCUAUCAGAUCAGCUGACUGGAGGGACGUCAUUUGCCAAUGCGCUCGCUGAACCCGAGGCCACAAGCAACUCUGAAGAUCCCUUUGACGGACACUUGCUGGGCUCCACAGACAGCCAGGUGAAAGAGAAAUCGACCAUGAAAGCGAUCCUGGCAAAUCUCUUACCUGGAAACAGCUACAAUCCCAUCCCAUCCCCUUUCGAGCCGGACAAGCACUACUUGAUGUAUGAGCACGAGCGUGUUCCCAUUGCAGUCUGCGAAAAGGAGCCCAGUUCCAUCAUUGCUUUUGCUCUCAGUUGCAAGGAAUACAGAAGUGCCUUAGACGAACUAUCCAAAGCGUCUCUGAAAAGCAAUGGAGAAGAAGGACUUCAAACAAGCGGUCUGGCUGAGAGUAGAGCAAAGAACAGCAGUCCAGUCCGAAUGCCUGAGGCAAGCGUGGGACCCACAAACCAAGCGGCGGAGGCGGAACAGCCAAAGAAGCCGUACGGAGUGCUGUCCUUCUUCCGCGGCACCGGAGGGAAGAGCCCCGAUCUCUCUGCCCAGAAAAAGGAGACUUUGCGUGGAGCGGACAGUGCCUACUACCAGGUUGGGCAGACAGGCAAAGAAGGGGUAGAGAACCAAGGAGCAGAUGCCACAGAUGAAGCGGAUGGAAGCGAUGCCCAGAAGAAACAGCUAGCAAAUCCUCAUGUCGAACUCCAAUUCUCCGAUGCUAACGCCAAGUUCUACUGCCGGAUUUACUACGCGGGCGAAUUCCAUAAAAUGCGCGAGGUGAUACUCGGGAGCAGCGAAGAGGAUUUCAUCCGCUCUCUCUCGCACUCUUUGCCCUGGCAGGCACGAGGAGGCAAAUCGGGAGCGGCUUUUUACGUGACUGAAGAUGAUCGUUUCAUCUUGAAGCAGAUGCCCCGCCUGGAGGUCCAGUCGUUUCUAGACUUCGCUCCGCACUACUUCACGUACAUUACUAAUGCUGUGCAGCAUAAGAAGCCAACAGCUUUGGCCAAGAUCCUUGGAGUAUAUCGGAUUGGUUUCAAGAACUCUCAAAAUAACACCGAGAAGAAGCUCGACUUGCUGGUCAUGGAAAAUCUCUUCUAUGGCCGGAAGAUGGCACAGGUUUUCGACCUGAAGGGCUCCCUGAGGAACAGAAAUGUGAAAAUGGACACCGGGAAAGAGAGAGCUGUGGACGCGUAGUCUUGCUAAGAUAGGAGAACCUCCUGUAAAGAAGCUGGAAAAGGGACAAUCCCUUGUACAUCCUGCUCACACCUCCAAGGCUGUCCUUGAGGGUUUCCACUCCACAGCUUACUUCCUCAUAAUUUCCCUUUCCAGCCACCUGAUCAUUGGAUUACUCUCCCUCUUGGUGGCCGAGAUGACACCACUGACGAACUUGUGGUUGGGAUCAUUGAUUACAUCCGCACAUUUACUUGGGACAAAAAACUUGAAAUGGUGGUUAAGUCAACAGGCAUUUUGGGAGGGCAAGGCAAAAUGCCAACUGUGGUGUCUCCAGAAUUGUACCGGACCAGAUUUUGUGAAGCCAUGGACAAGUAUUUUCUGAUGGUGCCGGAUCACUGGACAGGGCUGGGCCUGAAUUGUUAAGAUGAAAGACCUCUUGAGGAGGCGUGGAAGAGAGAUUACUUCCGAUUCCCUCAACACCGUUGUCUUCAGUUGCAAAUCAGAAGAAUCUCAGCCUACCCCAAACUACCUGGCGGUGAACCCACACUUUCAUGCAGGACCGUUAAUAGAAGAGCUGCUUUUCAGGAUUACUUACGAUCAGACUCACAUCCCACUAUCUCACUUACAGGCUGAACACGUUGUCCUCUAACCAGGCAACUGUUGAGGGUGGACUUUUUUUCCCCACCGGUCGCUGGAAACUGUCCGAGCACUGGAUUCGAAUGUCGGCCUGUUCGUAAUAGCUACUUGCGUUAGAAACCUCGCACAUUUUACACAGUUGGUUAAUCUAAAAUUCAAGUGAAUUUGCAGGCCUCCAAAUCAGCCCGCGAGGAUGUUGCGAUAGAGAUUUCUUUAAGAGGGGGAAAGAAACCUGUUAUUAACCCAGCAGGGUCUUGUCACUGUGGUGACCCAAAGCGUAAGCGUGGUUGUGCAACUUGCUCUGUUAUGCACUGAGGUUUUUCUACAGGUUUCGGUGUGCUGCAGGUUUUGAGAAUUUUACAGCCCAAUCCAGGGGUCGGGGGCGGGGGGGGGAUCGUCUCUUGGACCCAGCACAGGCCCAAACUGGCAGAUUUACCCUCUCUGGGGCACGUACCCCCGCAGAGGGGUGGUGUAACCGUGAUAAGCCCUACCAAGGCUUAUCACUUUUUUCCUUUUUUUGCUGCACCCCACGCCACUCGAGAGCCCUCUGGAGGUGGCGUGGUGGCGGAGCCUUCCCCAGCCCCCUCUGGAUUGGGCUGCCCGUUAUUUGUAGAUUCACCAUUUUGUCUUUUGGAGCACUGCUUUUCUUUUAAAGGUAAAACACUUUUUUUAAAUGCAGUUGUAUGUUUUACUGCAGGUCCACUUUUCCCCGUGGACCCCAAUUCGGAUUUCAGUUCAUUACCAGGGGAUGGAAUUGCCCUGUUUCAAGCCGGCUUCUGCGUGCUCACUGCCCACAAGCGUACUUUCUCAAAAGCAAACCUCUUGACUGAUCCGAGGCCCGUCUUGAGAACAUGACCAUCGCAAGACAGUGUUUAUGACAUUUCUAUUUCUCGUGCUUCUUACCCUCCAAGGGGUCACCUGUCUUUGUGAUGACAAAUAUUUU